CCUUUUUUUGGAUUGCCGCAUUAAAUGCAUUAUCUUCUUUCGGAACGCUAGAAACUGAACAACAAAAUGGUUGAGGAACAAACGGAAAUCCCGCUAGAUCGUAAGCUUUCGGAAAUAUUUGCGGAGGGAUACAAGUUUAUAAGAGACAGUGCGGCUGGCAAUGUGUCCGGUGCAAUCUCGGAGACACAGCUGGAAGUGAAGAAAACAAUGCGGAUAUUCGAAGACGCCACCCGCCUCGUGAGUCUCGUCGGGAUGUUCAGCAGCAACGAAUCGCUCGAAGAGAUACCGACGGAGAACCUUCGCUAUCUGCUCUUACCGUUUUACCUUGGCCAGCUGGCCAAGAGGCUGUGUAACGAAGAUCGUAAAGAAGUGGUGCAAGUAGCCGACGUAUAUUUCAACGAUUUUCUGAACCGCUGUGCGUCUUACGGAUUAUACAACAAACCGGACAAAGACACGGAUUCCCUUACGCUGGCCGUUGAAUCCGCCGCCAUCGUGCCGGGUGCGAUGAGCGAUAAGCUUCGUGAACUGAAUCGCAUGGGGUUCGAACGACAAGAGAAAAUUCGUAGAUAUCAGCAAAAGAAGGAACUGGAAGAGCAGGUGGAAGCGUUGCGGCUGCUCGUCGAAGUCUCAGACGCAGUGGUGGAUGACGAAAGGACCCGCGAAUUCUACGUAAAAUUACUUCGAUCGUCCGUUAUCGAGGCGCAGGAGGAGCUCGUGUUUCUCGAACGGGAAAAAGAAAUGAUCAAACACUGCGACGCUCUACCGAAACGUAACCCGCUGGAGGGUGAGACUUCGGGGCACGACCGUCCACCGAGGAAGAAGUUUCCCUCGAAGCCGCUUAAACCGAUCAUUAUUACGCGUGACGCGGUGCAGAAGGCAGUGUAUGGUAGAGGUUACCCGAGCUUACCCACGAUGACGGUGGCCGAGUUUUACGAGCAACGCGUUGCGGACGGAAUUUUUCCUGAUCCGGAGAAAAUGAAGGAGGUGAACAAAAAUUCGCUCAUGAACCGAGUGUUUCAGGACAACGCCGCAGAACUGGACCGCGAGGAGGAGGAAAAGGAAACGUUGGUCGAAAACGAUGACGAAGAGUAUCUGGCGCGGCAGCGUGCAAAGGAUGAGUUUAAAGACGAGCAUCGCCGUGGGGAAGGCAAUCGGCACAAUCGAAGCUAGGAUUCGACGCCACGAAGCAGUGCUCUUGGAUUUUUAAUUUUGCGAUGGCAGCCGAUGUUAGCAGACAAUAGAUCGUUAUUUAAUUUCACAAAAAGCCACCUAAACUGAUCCAUUUAA